AUGGAGUUUAUUCAAAGCUUAUUAUCAUUAAUUGGUAAUAUUGUUAUUGUUGCUUUAAUGUUGACAAUUGGACUCUUGGUGUUACUCUACUUCCAAUAGAACUCAUUAAUAUAUUUGCCAUCAUUCUAAGGAUUCCCCCAAAGUCCUAGUUAAAAUAUGAAUGGACUCAGGAAUCCUUCUGAGAGAAAUUUAUAAUAUGAAGAUGUAGAGAUUGGAACACUAGAUAGAUAAAAAUUAAAAGGAUGGCUCAUUAAAUAGAAUGACAGUUCAAAUGUGCCUACAGUGAUAUUUUUUCAUGAAAAUGCUGGAAAUAUUGGAACUAGAUUGCAAUUUUUAGAAUUGUAUUUUCAAAAUGUGAAAUGCAAUAUAUUGAUCAUUGCAUAUAGAGGAUAUUCAGAUAGUACAGGAAAGCCCUCGGAAUAAGGUCUUAAAUUAGAUGGAGAAUCUAUAGUUAAUUAUUUAUUUCAUAGAAAUGAUAUUGAUCACUCAAAAAUAUUCGUACAUGGCAAGUCUUUAGGUGGAGCAGUAGCCUGUCAUGCUAUGACUUAAAAUAUCGCAAAAGGCGUCAGAGGAGUUAUAUUAGAAAAUACUUUUACAUCAAUGGGUGAUAUGGUUGAUGUCAUCUUUCCUAAAUUGAGGUUUUUUAAAUCAUUACUUCUUAAUAAUCGUUGGUUGUCAAUUUAAAAGGUUGGUCAGAUUACAUAGCCAAUACUAUUUAUUUAUUCAAUGAAAGACGAAAUCGUACCAGUGCAACAUAUGGCGUAAUUACAAAAUGCAGCCUAGAGAGCAAAAUUUAUUGAAAAGUUUGUGAUCGAAGAUGGUGAUCAUAAUACUAAUUGGUUUAGAGAACCAGAAAAGUACUUUAAUUCAAUUUCAAGUUUCAUCAAUAAAGCCAUUACAUCAUGA